GUUCUUUGGAGAUUUGAUGGCAAAACACCAGACACCUUAGGACCCAAUACAAGAAUCUUCAAAUGGCUCCCCCAGAAUGACCUUCUAGGUCAUCCAAAAACCAAAGCCUUUGUAACUCAUGGUGGAGCUAAUGGCAUCUAUGAGGCAAUUCAUUUUGGAAUCCCUAUGAUUGGCAUUCCUUUGUUUGGAGAACAACAUGAUAACAUUGCCUACAUGGUGGCCAAAGGAGCAGCUGUUGCAUUAAAUUUCAGAACAAUAACAAGGUCCGAUUUGCUCAAUGCACUGGAGGCAGUCAUAGAGAAUCCUACCUAUAAAGAGAAUGCAAUGUGGUUAUCAACCAUUCACAAUGACCAGCCCAUGAAGCCUCUGGACAGAGCCGUCUUCUGGAUUGAGUUUGUCAUGAGACACAAAGGGGCCAAGCACCUGAGGCCACUUGCAUACAACCUCACCUGGUACCAGUACUACUCUCUGGAUGUGAUUGGAUUCCUACUGGCCUGGGUGGCAGUCAUAACUUUUCUUGUCAUAAAAUCCUGCUUAUUCAUUUAUCAAAAGUUUGUAAAGACAGGAAAGAAAAUGAAGAAUGAGUAG